UUCUGGAUCUUUUAUCUUAAAAGAAAAGUGCUAAUUUAUCCUUUUUUUCACAAACAUAAAACAUCCAUAUUCCUGUGAUAACACAGAACUACCAUUUUUUCAGGCACAUAGUUUAGAAUGAGCUGCCUGCAUCUUCUCAGUUGUAGAGGAAAACACAUUUGCAUAUGAUUACACCUUUCAAAACUAGUCUUAAAAUCCUUCAUUCUGAAUUGUGACCACAGGAAGGUGAAGGACUAGUAAGAUUUCCAAUUGUGAAGAUGCAAUGGUAGCAAGAGAGUCAGUGUUCAUCCCCAGAGAAAGGCCACUAUAAUCCAUUCAAGAUGUCUUGAGGAAAUUCGUGGUGCCGCUGUCUGCUUCUCUUAUAGCACAGUGCAAAAAAUUAAUGUGUGCCAGCAAUUUGAGAAAAACACAGUGAUACUGUUAGUAGAGUCUCAACAGGAUUGCAAAGGCUCUUUAUAGGGUGUAGUAGCAAAGGCGCUGUAGCAGAAUAAAAGAAUUGCAAGCAUGAUGUCAUAGGAGCCAAGACAUCAUGGUUGGUACUAGGCUAGUUUUAAUAAGACCACAAGGCUUUUGCUUUGAGGCUCCCAAACCUUAUUUUCUGCAGAAAUCUGAGCUUAACUUCGUAUCUUACCCUGGUAACUCCCACUCACAAAGCCUGGAGGUAAUUUCAGCACAAAGCCAACCAACUGGGAAAACGAAGCAUUAGAAAUAGCCUCUGUCAGGUGGCGUUCUUACACCUCAAGGGCUUCUACUUCUUUAAGAAUACCUCUGUGCUGCUUGGAAGAGAAGAGGGUAGUUUGAAGAUUGUGGAGUUCAGCGUCUUAGUUCUUAACAAGAACAUGGGGGAUGCUACACCAGCAGGGGAGGCUGAGCUCAGAGCAGCUCACUGUGAGCUGUUUGAAUCCAGCAUGAGGUCUGAAGCAGGAAGACUGAUGACUUUUCAGCAAUGGCCAGACAACUCACCCGUGUCUCCUCAAGAUUUGGCCAAGGCUGGCUUUUUCUUUGUGGGUCCAAGAGAUAUCGUGCAGUGUUUCUGCUGUGGUGGCGUCCUGCAGGACUGGGAACCUGGUAACUGCCCAACAGCAAUGCACCUGGAGUUCUUUCCUUCCUGUAAAUUCAUUUGUGGUGAGGAUGUUGGGAACCAAGAGCUGCCUCCUCUUCGGCAAAUCUUUGACACUGUGGAUGGGCAGUUCCUCAGCCUCUUGCAGGGGAUAGACAGUGAGGAGCCAGCCCUGCCCAACGAACCAGAAUACCCAGAGAUGAUAAGAGAGGAGAUGAGGCUAUCUACAUUUCAGAACUGGCCGCGAUAUACUGACAUGCACCCUGAACAACUGGCUAGAGCAGGAUUCUUUUACACAGGACAAGGUGAUGUAGUGAGGUGCUUUCACUGUGAUGGAAGAAUAAGGAACUGGCUGCUUGGAGAUGAUCCUUGGAGGGAACAUGCCAAAUGGUAUCCCGAAUGUGAAUUUUUGUUGCGGUCGAAAGGGAGAGAAUUUGUUAAUCAUGUUCAGGAGUCCUUUGCCAAUACUCCACUAAGUCCAAGGCAUUCCUGGUAUCGGACCGAACAAGAUUCCUCUGCUUCCCGAGAUAUUGCUCAGAGAGAGACAGAAACAUCGAGUUCAAGAGAAGAAAUGGAAUCUCUGCAACAGAAGGAAUCAGAAGAAUCUCAGGUGAGCACAGAAGAACAACUCCGACGCCUGCGAGAGGAAAGGAUCUGCAAAGUGUGCAUGGACAGAGAUGUGUCUGUUGUGUUUGUUCCUUGUGGCCACCUGGUAGCUUGUGAAGAGUGUGCUUCCAAUUUGAGAUCGUGUCCUAUCUGCAGAGCAGUCAUCCGGGGAUGCGUGAGGACUUUCAUGUCCUAAACCUUGAU